UUCGUCUGAGCGCACAGCGCUGGGCACCACCUGUUGCGGAGAGUGGCGGGGCGGGGUUGGGGGAACAAGGCUCACCUGUGCGAGGGCCAGGCCAAGGGCUAGUGCCCCGCGAGAAGCUGAACCCAGGUCCGGACACCCGCCCGCGCCUCGGGCUUCCGCCGGGUCAGCUGACUAUUUAUUGCGGAACUGCGCGCCGGACUGUGCCGCUCGCUGCUGCCGCGCUCUGUGUUCUGUGCCUGCGCUCAGCGCCGCGCGUUUGCCCGGUCGCCAUGGCCGGGCUCGUGGUCAGUGGAACUCAAGUGUCCUACAUAGGCCAGGACUGCAGAGAAAUUCCAGAGCACCUCGGCAGGGACUGUGGACAUUUUGCAAAAAGGCUUGAUCUGAGUUUUAACCUUCUGAGGUCACUGGAAGGACUGAGCGCGUUCGGGAGCCUGGAGGAACUCAUCCUGGACAACAAUCUGCUCGGGAACGACCUCGUGUUGCCAGGGUUACCCAGGCUCCAUACCUUAACCCUCAACAAGAACCAGAUCACUGACUUGGAGAGUCUGCUUGAUCACCUGGCAGAAGUGACACCAGCUUUGGAGUACCUCAGCCUGCUGGGUAAUGUGGCAUGUCCCAAUGAGCUGAUUAGCUUGGAAAAAGAUGAGGAGGACUACAAAAGAUACAGAUGCUUUGUUCUGCACAAACUGCCCAAUUUGAAGUUUCUGGAUGCCCGGAAAGUAACCAGAAAAGAACGAGAGGAAGCUUUGGUCAGAGGGUCAUUCAUGAAGGUGGUGAAGCCCAAGGCUUCCAGUGACCAUGUCGAGGCCUCUCCAGAGCACCCCUAUACACCCCUGCCUUCUGCUUCCAGGGAUCUUACCAAUCACCGAGGUGUCCUGGGGAAGUGUCGCUAUGUUUACUAUGGGAAAAACUCAGAAGGCAACAGGUUUAUCCGAGAUGACCAGCUCUGAUGGACACCGAUCUGCCUUGAGUGCCCCUGCAAUAGAAGGCCAUCCCGGAGUCCUCUGUUGCCUCUGCAAAGUCAGGGCGGACUGUCUUUUUCCUAAGUAAUGCAAUUUUAUAGAACAAUUUGUUCCUUGGGGAAUAAUGUUUUAGAUUGUGGGGAAUCCUAUUAAAAGUACAACUAUUACAA